GGAAAAAAAUAUCCUUUCACCCCUUGUUACUAUAUUUUCCUCCUCAGUUCUUCUAUUCAGUUCGCUCUGCCUCUGCUCCUUCUGUUGAGCUCUAAAACCUCAGAUGGCAGAGAUCAGUUCCGUCGAACUUCCAUCUUUUGUUUCUCUUUUCAAAUCUUCUAAUCUAAUAAUUUCUGUUCUUUCCUGAUCUGGGUCAUCGUUAGUUCUCGCUCAGAUCAUAGUUUCCUCACCUUCAUAUCAGUCUUCUCUAUUUCUACUUUUGAACCCAAGAGCAGAGACGAGAAACGCUUUUGAUUCGUGGCGAUUGAGGAAUUUCUUGAUUUUUAUUAUCUGAUUCUGAGAAAUGGGUUUUGUAUUGAAAAUGCAAAGCACCGCAGUUUCUAAUCAGAAAUCUUAUUCAGUUUGAGAUUUUCUUUAACAAGGUUUUCAAAGGAUGGGUAGAGGUAGGGGAAAAGGGAAAAAGCAGACUGUCAUAGCUGCUCGUGAUGAUCCUGGGAGUGGAGACGAGGAAAAAAUUCCAACCUACAAGAGAAGAGGCAGGCCACAAAAACCAUUGAAGGAUGAUAUUGAAGAUGAUGACGAAGAAGCAGAGAAGAUAGAAGAAGAAGAAGAAGAGAAUGGAAAAGGCUCAACCCCAGUCAAGGAUAUGAAAAACCUGGCUGCCACAGAGAAUGGAAGGAAAAGAAAGAGGUCCUCGCAGGUCAAAGAGAAUUCUGAUAUGGCUAAAGAGGAGAAUGGAGUUGGGACCAAAUCAGCUGUUGAUGGUUCAGUUAAGUCCGUUGGGUUUCGACAAAAUGGGAGCCGGCGUAAAAGCAAGCCUCGGCGGGCUGCUGAAGCUGGUGUUGAGUGCAAGUGAGGUUUGGUUCAGCUGUUGUGAUGGUUUUCAAUCUCCAGAUAAUUAACUAGUGUGGAGUUAGACAGCGAGAGAGUGUUGGUUAAUAUAAUGGUUUCCUAAUUUUAUUUUGUUUAUGUAAUUUUCAAAUCCAUUUUCUUACAAAUGGAUGGAGCUUUUGAACAAAUUAUUAUGCUGAAUAUCUAGCAAGGAGCUACCACUACUUGAUAUAUUAAGUAGUUUUCGUGUUAUGUAUCCAUCACAACCUACCAAAAGCUUUUUCCUUCAUCCAGCGAUAUGACUUUUCUCAA